AUGUUAUUUUCUUUCAUGUUUUACCUCAUUCUUUCAAUAUUUGCUCCUAUCCUUCAGUAUUUACCUCUUUCUUUCAAUAUUGUCACUUUUUUCAAUAUUUACCAUUUUGUAUAUUUUCCACUUUCUUUCAGUGCAAGUCGGCAUAGGAGAAACACUACAGAAAAUAAUCAAGUGAUCCUAAGGAUUGCUAAGCCUCCCCACCGCCAAAUAAAGUGUGUUUAUCCAGAAGUUCCAUGUGCUGACAGCAGACGGUGUUACCACAGCAUCUAUGAACGCUGCAAUAACCAAGAAGAGUGCAUUGAUGGCUCCGAUGAGCUUGGAUGCCGUGCACCGGAAAAUGAAAUUGACGAUAAGAGAGAACCACCCCCUCGUCGUCGAAAGGAUAACUUCCCGGAACUGUUCAGGAAACUUGUGAUAGGAGUGAUGGUCAUUUUGGUGCUUCUUGGUGUAUUGGCUUGUGUGUGUCAAUUCCAAAAAUACACAAUGCGGGCUGUGUCUUGGGAUUCAGAUUCUCUGGAUUCUGUAUCCUCCUUUUCUGGCCAACCAGAGACCCAAGAUACAACAGGCAACACGAUAUGCCUAACAGAUUUUAGUUCCCAAAAACCUGUAGAGGAAUUAUCAACACUGACAACAUUAGAUCCGUUUCCACCAUCUGAAGUGGGUGGGGCAGGUGGUGGGGGCAGUUUCAUCAUGCAGUCACCACAGACUUCCACAUCAGCCUUGGAAUGUGUUAGCUGGGCAGAAAUCCAUGCACCCCCAUCGGGAAGUGGUGCUGCUUCCAAUACACUUUCUCCAGUCUCUGCUAUGGAUCAGCAGAUGGGCACAUGGACUGUACUACAACCCACUGUCCUGCCCUCUUCUCCACCAGCCUUAGCUUCUCCACCCCCACGCCCUGCAACAUCACCUGUGGUUCUGUCUUCUACUACGGAUCUACCAACUUAUGAAGAGGUCAUGACUCGAAGGAGACGAGGGGAUGCUGAACUUUGA